GCACAGUCGGGAGAACAGUGAGAGUUACUUCAAAUUGUUGGGACCUUGCUUUCCAUCAGAAGACGGUAUACUUGUACUUUGUUGAGGCGAUCUCAGUAUACCGCCUGGACUCAAAGGAGGGCAGUAAGACGGAGAUAAGAAUGCCACCGAGAGAGUUGCGAUCUCUGACACAACAAGUAGCUAGUUCCUUUCCAGAUACGGUGGUAUAUGAUGGAGGGCACGCAAUAUACUCUGAAGACCCGUUAACGGGUGUUACAACGGACCCUGUGGAGAAGGAGAUGGAGAUCGAAGACCCACUUGGUCGUGACCGCCUUCUCCUAAAGUAUCGUAUUAUGGAAGUACAGCGAGUGUCUACUUCUGAUGUUGAUCAUUUUAUAAAGAAUCCGAAGGCGACUUCGAUGAAUAUGCCCCAGGAGUCCAUCAGGCUACUGGAUUGUAUUCUGAAAACAGUCUCUAGACAGUCGUUCGUUUCUGUUGGACGUUCAGCCCUGUUCGAGGCGAAACCGAUUAGAGUUGUCGCGGAUAAACUCUUCAGCAUCCAUAAAGGUUUUAUUAGUAGUGUGCGACCUCAGUGGAAGGUCCGUGUAAACUUGGAUAUGACGUGCAAGGCGUACUUUACGUCUGGGAAUUUGGCGGACGUGAUGUACGCAAAGUAUGGCGAUGGGAUGUCUCGGUGCAGUGAAGAAAUGGCCCGUGACUUGAGAAGAAUCAGAGUGGAGAGUGAGAAGUUUUACAGGAGCGACAGUGGUAGGAUGUAUUCGCGACGGUUCACUGUGCACGGGAUGUCGUCACUACCAGCUGAUCGUCUAAUGGUUGAGGAGGUGAAUGAGACGGUGGCAGAAUAUUUUAAGAGGCAUCAUCAUAUCACACUGAAGUAUCCAGAGCUGCCUUGUGUGAAGGUUGAUCAGAAGCGGGAGGUGUAUAUGCCUAUGGAGUUGUUGAACAUACUACCGUA